AUAAGCCAUCAGUAUACAUUAAACCAAUCAUGUCAGGCAUAAAUAGUUAUUCCACGUAAAUUUUAAACUGAAAAUAUAUACAUAUAUCACAAUUAAUAAAUGGGUCGUUACCUCGUCCAGGUUUGUAGCAAAGCAAGGACAGUUAGAAGAUCAGAUGCAAAGAAAAAAACAGAUAACAUAAACGCAGAUCAAGAUGCCACUACUAAAAUUCGAUAUAUCAAUUCAGAGCUCGAAUUAACAUUGCCACUAAAGGAACAGAAGGAUCUUGACAAAUACAUGAAUAACCAAGAGGAUGACACAUCAUUGCGGAAGUACCUCGUCUUUGGAGUUCAAUGGAUUUCACUGGUCACAGAAAACCUUCUGAGCCAUCCAUUUAUUGUAUUACGUCGGCAGUGUCAGGUUUAUAAUGCUUCGAAGCGUUUUCACUUGCAUCCGUUUACGCUACUGCCAAGCAUUGUUCAUUUGCACAAGCGGCAGGGGUUAACGACGCUUUGGAAGGGCCUUGGAAGCUGUCUCCUGGUGCGAGGAUUGAGCUUAGCCGUGGACGAUGCCAUCUCAAAGCUUACUAGUUGGCCCAAAGACGUAAAUAGUCAGACAACGCUUAAGCGCUUUGGCCAACAUGUUCUCCUUAAGUGCAUAAGCAUAGGACUGGUUGUUCCUUUCCAUGCCGCCUCUCUGGUGGAGACUGUGCAAAGCGAUAUAGCGAGCGAAAAGCCUGGACUUUUUGAUGUGUUUCGUGAGGGCAGUCUUCGACUUUUCUUCUGGAGUUAUCCGCAAAGGGGUAGAAUGCUCCCUGCUUGGGCGUUGAUUGGGCCUAGUGCAUCGUUGGGCGUCACAAAGUAUUUAUUCAAUUUAGUAAUACGUGGCGUGGCCUCACGCAUAAUGCUCCGCCGACAAUCGCUUGUACAAGAAAAUUGUGACUCACACGCUGACACGCUUGAGCAGCGAAAUUCGGAGAUUUAUGGAAAUCUUAUCGCCACGCUUACUACCGAAUUAAUAUUCUUUCCCUUUGAAACGAUUUUACAUAGACUUCAGCUACAAGGCACGCGUACUAUAAUCGACAACUUGGACAAUGGCUACGCAGUGGUUCCCAUUUUGACAAACUACCAAGGGGCUGUCGACUGCUAUCGUACAACUAUCAUUUCGGAAGGAUUUGCCGGACUUUACAAGGGCUUUGGGGCUAUGAUCCUGCAAUUUUCCGUACACAUUGCAGUAAUAAAGAUGGCCCAAUGGAUUGUCACCAAAAUCACAGAGGUGAUCUCAAAUCGACCACCACCAUGCAUUGUACAGUAUUACAAUCUUGACUGUGUUGCUGGAAAGUCCAGUUCAACGACCAUAUCGUCAAGUAUUUCAAGUACUGAGUUGGACAUGCACAGUGUAGGACAGAAUUCUUUGAAGUAGUUAUUACCAAUACAAUACAGUUGUUUACAGAGUUAUCUAUGGAUAAUAAGAGUCUAUACAUAUAGUAUAUAUUUGUAUCGUGAUGAAUCUA